AUGGCCAAGCAAGUCAUGGUGGCCGUCUUGUUCGCCGCCUGCUGGCUCUCGCUACUCCUGCCGACAGGCGCGAUUGUGCCCUCCUUGCACGCCCAGCCACUCGUGCCCGUCAGGAAGCUUUCUGACCUCAUUGACAUGGCCAAUAAGGCACCUCCUGAACAUCAGGAAGGAUACAAACGACACCUUGCAGACAUCAAGGCCCACCUCGUCACCUAUUCUUGCUACGCCGGCAAGGGAGAGCACUCGCUCGUCAACAAGACUGAUCCUGGUCAUGUCUCCAUCAUCAUCACCCACACUGGUCACAUGACCUUUGUAGAGUUUCUGGCGCAGCAUCACAUCAACAGGGCCUUAGUUUGCAAGUCGCACGUGGACAAUCGUAUCGGAACCGUGCUCGUCGAGGUGUCCGACCUGCUCGAGCCGACAGAGCCGAUCUGGGACGAGUGCUGCAGCCACAAGCAGACCUACAUCUUCUUCAUCCAUGCUUACGUUCGUGCGUGGACGCCGGAUGACGAGACGAGCAAUCUCUACUGCUGGCCGGAUAGUGGCCAUGGCUGGGGACACUGUAACGCCGACAUGCUCGCUGCGAUCGGCUAUCCUCCCAUUAAAGAACGUACUCGAUGCCCGGGCGACAUGUUCUCUCUUUACGACUACAGCGGCGAAUCACCCGUACCCGCCAAGAUUGAAGCACUGCCUUAUAAUCCUGAGGAUCCACAGCCGGGUGGCGGUAGCAGUGGUCAAGGGAGCCAUGACGGCGGGGGCUGGGACCAAGAGGGCAUCAAGACUGAACGCUUCGCCGAGCGAGAGGCGAGAGGCCGGCUUCGGCGCGAGCAGAUGGUCCGCAACUGGACCGAUGGGUCAGCUAAGCCCGUAAAGCUGUAG